GUCACUCUCAACUGAAAGCACUGUCGCUUCAAGCGAAAAUGAACAACAAUCGACUGAAAACAGCUUAACUUCCAGUGAAAACAACGACCAGCCAGAAUCUACCACGUCAAGCGAUCUAGCUGGAGGCAAACCAACUAGCAUGAGUACACCUCCUAAUGACCAAAGUUCUACAACAGUAUCACCUGAGACUAGUGAUACUUCAAGCACAGAAUCAAACACCACUGCAAAUGGUUCGAAUAACGGUCAAAAAAAAGGGAGCAGUCAACGACCGUCCAAGAAACCUUCAUCAAGAAGCCGGUCAAGAGCCAGUACGAGCAGAAAAAAUAAUAGAGGAAAUGGAAGAAACCGAAAUAGAUCACAGUCAAGCACUGCUAAAAAUGCAGACCUAAGUCGUACUCCAAGCGACAGUGAUCUACAAGCAGAUGAAAGCAGAUCUUCUGAAAACGAACAAAAUCAACAAGCAGAUGAAAGCAGAUCUGAAAACGAGGAAAAGCAACAGGCAGAUGAAAACUCCUCCAGCGAUGACAAUCAGCAAAUGACUGACAGCAGCUCAACUUCAAAUGAAAAUAAGGAGCAGUCAGUUGACAGCAAUUCUUCAUCUAGUGAAAGCUCCAGAAGUGCCUCAGGUGACGGUUCUGCAACUAAUUCCGAAAGAGAUGCAGAAGCAAAUUCGGCAGCUGGAAAUCAAAGUUCGUCAGCAAAAGUUGGAACAACCACGGAAUGUAUGGAUGCAUCUACUUCAAACGUAGAUUCUAUGUCAACUUCACUUUCUACAGAAGUUGCGAGAUCUGCAGUACCUCUUGUCGCACCACCCUCACUAAUACCUCCAACAAUGGAAUCAACUGCUGCACAAGAGAGUUCAACUCAAAAAGAAACUACAGAAUCCUCUUCUGCAUCAGCUGAAACGACAUCAUCUGGAACAGGUACAACGAGAAUUGUGGAAAUAACAUCAGAGCCUGAAUCCUCAACAGAAGCCAUACCCGCCACAACAAUGGCGUCUACAACUGAAUCCAUGCCAAAAACAACGCAAGAAAAAACAGAAAUAAAUCCGUCACCCGAAAAUGAAACUACAAUGAAGGAGACUUAUACAGAAGCAAAUGAAGGGACAGACGUAAAUGAGACGAUGCAGGAAACUAUCCAACUUGACAUUAACAAAUCGUCAGAAUCAUCAGAAACAAAAACGAAUGCUAUGUCAUCAGAAACAACAAUUUCAUCAGCAGUUAAGUAUACGACAUUACAACAAACUGAUAAAACAACCGAAGAAGUGACAAAAACAGCUAACGAGGCAAAUGAAAUAACAACGGAAAAAAGUGGUACAACUACUGAAAUAAAUGAGACCACUAAGGAAAUAGGAGGUGAGACACAAGAAACAACUGCUGAACCACAAAAAUCAACAACAACACCACGAGAAACAUCAGUUGAACUACAAAAAGCAACAACAGAAUCACAAUAUGAAACGACUGAAUCACAAAAAGAAACUGUUGUAUCGCAAAAAAGUACAACUGAAUCACAAGAAGCAGAAGUAGAACCCGAGGAAUCAACCGCUCACACAAAGAGAACAGCAACUGAAUCAAACGAAACGUUACGAAGGAGGAAGUGGCCUCAAUGA